AUGUCUGCCCAAGUUGAGGCACAGCGGCCAGGCCAGGAGCCUUCGGACUCAUGGGUCGUUAGCCUCCUACCCAAGCGAUAUCGUACGCGCGAGCGUGCGUUACUCCUCAAGCUCGACUUGUUGCUCCUCUCGUGGGCAUUCGUGGCGGGCUUGACCAAGGAUAUGGACCAGUCCGCCACGACGCAAGCCUACGUCUCGGGCAUGAAAGAGGCUCUGCACCUGAACGGCAACGAGCUGGUCGAGUUCACGACCUUCUUCAGCAUCGGGUACGCGAUCUGCAUUAUCCCCAGCCAGCUGGUGCAGACGCGGAUCCGCAGCUCGCUCUUCCUGCCCAUCUGCGAGAUCAUCUGGGGCGCGCUCACGCUCGCGACGUAUGCGAGCAAGAAUGCCAAGACGAUUUACGCACUGCGUUUCUUUCUGGGCAUGUUUGAGAGCACGUCGUGGCCCGGCCUCGUGGCCAUCAUCUUCAACUGGUGUACGUGGCAACGUCUUGAUUGA